AUGCUAAUUGGAUCAUGCCGGGUGAUGUUUUUUUUUUCCUCCCACCGUUCCGAUCGUACUUAUCGUUACAAAUCAACCGAUACAGCGACAAACAGACAAUAAUGUUACUGUUUUCCAUAUCGAUCCCGCACCUAAUCACAUUGUUGAUAUAAACUUAUUUCCUUACUAUGGAAAACAAACACCCAAGCCACAACCUGGUACAUAGCACUGAUUGAUUGAACUACUUGCUGGAACUUUCGUUCAAAAAAAAAAAAAAAGAAUGCUUCAAACAGACACGAGCGAUCCCACCAAUAUAGCUCAGCUCCGAAACAGAUCACAUUCCCCGACAUUGUACAGUACGCGUACGCGUGCAUUGUUUUCGUGCAAAUUUAGUCACACGCACAGCAUUCCUUUCAUGUUCGAUCAUAGAUAAGUUCGAUAAAGACAGUCUGAGACAGACACUUGCCAAUUGUAUGAAAACACUGGCAGCUGUUUAAACCAUCCACCUGGCAGUUGCCUGACUGUACACGCUCAACGGUUUUGUGGGAGGUUUUUUGUGAAAAUUUUUCCAUUCGAAUAAAACCAACGCCACCGUCUACAUAAACUCGUCGCACAAGUUCUUAACAGUUUGACUCCGGUAGUUAGUGUUGUGGCGCGUUGAAGUGAUUUAACUGGCCAGUACACGUUGUACAGCGAACAACACGCCUUGGUGGAUAUCAUGUGUAGCAUUACAGAGAUUAUUUGUUGCAAUACGUAUAUAUAAAAGUGUUGAAAGUUUCCGUUGCUGGGUGUAAGUACAAGUUAGCGACACAAUUGUUGUAUAAUGGUGUGGGAACAGUACGGUAUAGUGAGCGUAACGAGUCGCGUUCUAAGCUCGAUCAGAAGAUCGAAAAAGAUAACGCCCAACAAGGAGGAUACUGGGCAGGAGAAUGGUGUGCAGCAAACAACGGUCACAUCAUUGGCUGAUUUGCCAAAAGUCAUCUUUACUAUCGAUGCUGAAUCGGCAGACCAGAGUUGGACUACCAUUGAUCUCGAGUCGGGAUAUGACGAUCAUACGGUGCAUGCGGAGCUUACAGAUGUCGAUAGUCACCUGACCAGGGAUCCUCUUCCACGAUUGGAACAUUAUCGUACCUCGCAGAAAGCAAUCCGACGACCUUCGAUCGGUGAACUGCACGGUGAUCUCGAUGAGCAGGACUCGGAGGCGAACCACAAGACUGACCAACGCCCGACCGAUGCAGACCAUCAUGUGCGGUUGGGGUGGAUCCAGGGUGUACUGAUACCGUGUCUACUUAACAUCUGGGGUGUAAUGCUAUUUCUGCGGCUUAGCUGGAUUGUGUCACUGGCAGGUAUACUGGAGACACUGCUCAUCAUUGGCCUAUCGUAUUUGGUGUGCGUCAUAACCACUCUAUCCCUAUCGGCCAUCUGUACCAAUGGUCAAGUGAAAGGUGGAGGUAUCUACUACCUGAUAUCACGUUCCUUGGGUCCAGAGUUUGGUGGUGCAGUCGGUAUAGUGCUGGCCUUUUCCAACUCUGUGUCGGCGUCGAUGAACACGAUCGGUUUCUGCAGUUCCCUCAACCAGCUGCUUGGUAGUUUUGGUGUUAAAAUCAUUGAUGGUGGUGUGAAUGAUAUGCGACUCGUCGGUACAGUUACGAUACUGAUCAUGGUGAUCAUCUGUGCCGUCGGUAUGGAUUGGGAAACGAAGGCACAAAACUUCCUCGUCAUUGCCAUCGCGAUCGCCAUUGGAGGAUUCGUACUGGGAGUGUUGCUUGGCCCACGUACGGACAACGAUCGGGGUAAAGGAUUUACCGGUGUGUCCGGUGAUCGGUUCGUGAACAACCUUGGUCCCGACUAUCGUUUCAGCGAAGGUAUCGAACAGGAUUUCUUCAGCGUGUUUGGGAUAUUCUUCCCGAGCGUAACGGGUGUACAGGCAGGUGCCAACAUCUGUGGAGAGCUGAAAGAUGCUGCUACAGCCAUACCGAAGGGAACACUGCUAGCGCUUCUCAUUUCCGGCAUCUCGUACGUUGUAUUUGUGCUGUUGGCUGGUUCGGCCAGCUACCGUGAUGCAUCGGGCGAUCUGAGGGAUCUAGUAAAUGGUACGUUCGCCAUCUGUCAGCGUUCGCUCCCGGAGGAACCUUGCAAGUAUGGGCUGCACAACGACUACAACAUCAUGCAGCUAAUGGCUGUUUCCGGUGCAGUUAUCUAUGCCGGUUGCUUUGCCGCAACACUGUCCACCGCGCUAACGAAUCUCUUAUCGGUUCCACGCAUCAUUCAAGCGCUCGGAACCGAUCGGCUUUAUCCGGGAUUGACGUUCUUCGCUAAGGGGUACGGAAAACGCAACGAACCUUAUCGAAGCUAUGCGUUGGUACUGUGCGUAUCGGUGCUGUUUGUCUUGUUGGCGAAUCUUAACCUUGUAGCACCGCUCAUCUCUAACUUCUAUCUAGCGUCUUACGCACUUAUCAACUUCUGCACGUUUCAUGCGGCCACCGUAAAACCGAUCGGUUGGCGACCAACUUUCCGAUUUUACAACCAGUGGGUUAGUCUGUUCGGUACGGUGCUGUGUGUGUUGAUCAUGUUCCUGAUCGAUAUCAUCUCCACCGGCGUCACAAUGGUGUUGAUCUUCGUGCUCCAUUUGGCCGUUAUCUACCGCAAACCGGAUGUGAACUGGGGUUCCACAACUCAAGCCCAAAGCUAUAAGAGUGCCUUGUCAGCCGCGCUCAAACUGCAGUGCGUUGGCGAUCAUGUUAAGAACUAUCAUCCAUCGGUGCUGGUACUGACAGGGCAACCUGCCAGCAGACCGGCCCUUGUCGAUCUUGCACAUCAGAUAACGAAGAACCAAGCGUUAUUGAUAGUGGGCGAUGUAGUGGGUGAGCGGUUGUCGCAUCGAAAGCGCGAACUUCGAUCGUCCGAGAGCCGCUGCUUUGUGGAGUCGCGUAAGAUAGAAGGAUUCUACCAGCUGAUCGAUGGUAUUGGACUGGAGAAAGGUGUACGUGCGUUAAUACAAACAUCUGGCGUUGGUAAACUAUCACCCAAUAUCGUGCUAGUGGGUUACAAAGCUGACUGGAUGCGAUGCUCCAUACAAGAGCUGCAGACUUACUACAAUGUGUUGAACGAUGUGUUCGACAAUCGUAUGUCUUUAGCAAUAUUGAGGCUUCCGAAUGGACUUGAUUUUUCCCAUCUGACUAACGACAUUACUUCCAACGGUAGUCUUGGAACGAUCGCAAAUGACUCCUUAUCUAGCUUGCAGCAAAUUAUUGAUACCGCUCCACCUGGUGCUAACAAACUUAUGUACGUCGAUUCCAACCUUGGAUUGAAAAGUAUGAAGAAGUGUUGGCGGAAAACCGAAAGUCCCUCCAAUACUAGUCGAGACAGUAUCGCAUGUUCAACCCGCAAUGGAUCCUGCUUACCGCUGGAGCUACACGAUCGUUUGAACGUCUUCCGGCACAAGCAAUCGAAGGGUACGAUCGAUGUCUGGUGGCUAUACGACGACGGUGGGCUUACGAUGCUCAUCCCGUACAUCCUUUCGUUGCGCUCCAAAUGGACACACUGUAAAGUGCGUGUAUUUGCCCUCACCAACCAGCAGAAGGAGUUAGAGCUGGAACAAAAGAAUAUGGCAAAUUUGUUAGCGAAGUUACGAAUCGACUACUCCUCACUGGUCAUGCUGCAAGACGUCACGAAACCACCGCAAUCGGACACGGUAAUGAUGCACCAGCAGCUAUUAAAAAGCUUCGAGCACAUGCCAACGCAACUUACACCACCGGACCUUAGCUCACCGGAGCGUAUUGCGCUUGCGGAAAAAACUCACCGACAGCUACGCCUGCGAGAAAUGCUUCUAGAGCACUCUGCCGAGGCAAAGCUGAUCGUGAUGUCUAUGCCGAUGCCUAGAAUGGGCACUGUUUCCGCUCCCCUGUACAUGUCCUGGCUAGAGAUGCUCUCGAAAGAUAUGCCACCGAUGCUGCUCGUGCGAGGCAACCAAACAUCCGUACUAACAUUCUAUUCGUAAACGUUUCCAUUCCAUCACUAUCGUUAAGUUCUCCAUACAUGUAGAUAUUUAUGAACAAGCUGUAUAUAAACUAGUUUUGGUAAAAUUUCUUACAUGAGCUGUAAGCUUGUACAUAGUACGCGCUAUGAACGAUGAUUGAUUGUGGAAAAGAAGAUUUAUUAUUUAUACACAUUCGUUAUGUUAUACACUUCUACACACAUACACACUUUUUAGGCAAAAUCUCGAACGGACAAUGCACUGUUUAAAACGUUAUCGCGCUUUUGCUACAACUUUGAGUAGGUGAAACAUUUUCUACAGUUUUCGGAACAGACGAUUGUUCCUGGCGCAACACUGACUAUCUAUAUAGUCAUGCAUUACAAUUGCCGGAACACUUUCCAGGUCCAUUUUACAAAGUUUUGUUGUUGUGAAGUAAAAUACAGAACCAAAUCUCCGAAUUAAAAGUUUGUAAGGAAACGA